AUGUCGGUUUCAAAGUCUUUUACUGCGGCGCUCGUUCUCCGAGCCAUUGACCAAGGCCGCUUCACCCUGGACACAAAGGUCGCCGAGAUUCUUUCCGACUUUGGCGUUGGUGGCAAGCAGAAUGUCACUAUUCGCCAACUUCUCAACCAUACGGCUGGCACAUUCCGUGGUUUUCUACCACCAGGAAUCUCAGCGGAAAACCUAGGCAAUCUAUAUCAAUAUUAUGCCUCUGUUGCUAGUAUCCCGAUUGACUACGCCGUCUUGGGAAAGAUUCUUGUGGUCACAGAUCCAAAGGAACGCGACUUCCGCACUAUUUCCAAGGAAGAACUGUUUGACCCGCUGGGGAUGGAACAUCCAUGCUUUGGCCUGGCUGAGGAUCACGCAAACAGGGUACCAGUAUGCCAUACCUCUAAACAGACCAAUACUUCCACGCCUUCGACCCAGCAUAUGCUCACUAAAGGGUGUACCAAUGGAAACGAGAUGCCUGCUGCGUCCGCUUUCUGCACCAUUCACGAUCUCUUCCGGUUUGUCGAGACAAUGAGACAAAGGGGCACCAAUGGAGAUUACCGACUCAUGUCCAAGGCGUUAUUCGAUUACGCUUGCAAGAACCAUACGGGGUCACUGUCAAACGGUACACUUGUCCCUGAGAAGGAGGCCAGGAACAUACCUGACUCUCUGGCCCUGUACUCACUGCUUAGCGGCUACGUUCGAGGUGAGGGCCAUUAUCUGGCCGGCGCUGGAUAUACACCUUCUCCUCGAGCCUUCUAUGGUGUUGGUGGAGGCUCGACCAUGUGGAUGGUCGAUCCAGACCGCGAUCUCAGCGUGUGUUUCCUCAGUGCUGGCUUCAUCGAGGGACUUCACCACCUUGAGCGCCUGUCCAAGAUCAAUGACCUUGCCCUAGCGUCUUGUGAUUAG